AUGACUGUUCUCGUGACUGGGGGGGCAGGAUUUCUCGGACACCACCUCGUCAAGCUGCUGCUGGAAGAGGGCAAGGAAGUCGUCGUAUUCGAUAACCUGUGGACGGGUUCGGCGAAAAAUGUCCGUCACUUCGAGCAGCAUCUGGGCUUCACAUUCGUGCAUUGCGACAUCAGAGAACGACUGCCAGACGUCGGGCACGUCGAGCAGAUCUACCAUCUAGCCUGCCCAGCAAGCCCGGAUCGUUUCGAAGAGAGUCCUGUGGAGAUAUUGGAGACCUGCUUUCAAGGCACCAAGAACAUCUUCGACCUAGGUGUCAAGUGUGGCGCUCGCGUGCUCAUCGCAAGCACAUCAGAAACAUACGGAGAUCCGUUGACAAGCCCUCAGUCUGAGCAGUAUCGAGGCAACGUGAACUGCUUCGGGCCAAGAUCAUGCUACGACGAAGGGAAACGCAUCGCGGAGUCCCUAGCUUACGCUUACCAUCACAAGCACGGACUCCAAGUUCGUGUUGCGCGGAUAUUCAACGCCUAUGGGCCGCAUAUGCAGCUCCAUGACGGGAGGGCCGUGCCCAACUUCAUUUCUUCUGCUAUGGAGGGCCAUUCGAUCGUUGUGUAUGGUGACGGGAAUUCCACGAGGUGUUUUCAGUAUGCCUUGGAUUGUGUCGAGGGCUUGCAUCGACUUAUGAAUAGCGACCACGACUUACCGGUCAACAUUGGGAGCGACGUCGAGAUGCCGAUCGGCCUGAUUGCGGACAUGGUCGCCCGAGUGGUCGCGGAAAAGAUGGGACACGCAGACUGCGUCGACGUGACGUUUCUGCCGCAGCGAGAAGAUGACCCGACGCAGCGACAACCUGAUAUUGGAUUAGCGAAGAGAGUGCUGGGCUGGGCCCCGAAAAUUGAGCUCGAGGAAGGCCUUGAUAGGACGGUCAACUGGUUUCUUGCAGAGAAAGUGGUGGCCAGUGGCUCGAGGAGAGCAGUGGGCGGUGCUAUCACACCUGGUCGGCUGUGA